AUCACCGUUUCGAUUUCAUUACUGCACUUUCUUUCCGUAAACAGUGAUCGUGGCGGACAAGCUCAUGACUUGCGUUUUAUUAACAGGAUCUGGAUUCAUCUUACAUCAUUAGUGUGGCAGAGAGAGCAUGUGGGAGUCACAUGCAUGCAGAAGAUGAGCGGUAAACAGACGAUUGGAGCACAGCCCACCUCUGAGCACUCUGCACUAUGAACAGCACCACACAGCCCCCUCACAUUAUCAAUGGAGAUGCGGCCGUUAGCUAUGUGCUCGUCCCGUUCUUCCUCAUUACUGUGAUCGGGAUUAUUGCUGCAGUGGUGAUGUACAUAAGAAGAAAGCGAAGGAUUGAUAGACUGCGGCAUCAGUUGCUGCCGGUCUACACAUAUGACCCAACUGAAGAGCUGAAUGAGGCGGAGCAGGAAAUUAUUUGGAAAGAGGAAGACACGAAGGUGGUAAAGGGUUGGAUGAGGACAUAUCAACAGCGGCGACCCUUACUAUCAAAGGAUCCUGAUGCAUAAAAAUGAAGUGGCCUGUAUUGCAGAUUCAGAAGAUGGAGAAUUUUGAGCAAUAAACUACUGAUUUACCUUUUGAAGCAAUGAGCCUAGAAGAGAAUUUCUGCACCUCCAUGACAUGAGAAGUCUACAGGGUGCCGGAGACUCCUCAUGUGGGUUACCUUCAGGCGUUGGGAUGGUGCUUGUUUACCUCAGGUCUCUUCCUGCAAAUAUGGUCCAAUAUAGAGCCACAUUUUCACCUCUUGAAGAGCAGCAAAUUUGUUGUCUGAACAAUGCUCGGUUACUAAGGCUCAAGAAGGACUUUUACUGUUAUGAUUCUUUAUUUAUUCAAAUGUUAUGUAUUCUGCUGAUGUUCUGUGCUAUUAAAUCCCUGUCUAGGCCAUUCAGUUUAAUGAGUAUGCACAAAUGUGAUGUGUUCUGGGUGUGUGAACCAAAACCAUGCUGGGUUACAGUGGCUGGCUGAUCCUUUAAACCAGCUGUUCUCAAUUGGUUUUGCUUCAGGACCUAGAUAUUAUAGUACCGAUAUUGUUUAGAAUGAAAAUGUAAACAAAUAUGUCCCUUAAAUCAAACCAUUUUGAUGGUUUCAUACUCAGUGCAAUACACAUUGCAGUCAGCAUAACUCAUAUUUAAUAUAGUCUUGGUUGUGUUUUCUUUAAAGCUGUCUUUAAAGGGCAUGUUAUGUUUGGCAUCUGGAAAUUUCUCUUGGUUCUACCAAAUGACAGAUGGUUUUGAGACGAAAUACCGUACAGUUUAAUUGGACACACUUUUCUAAAAGUCAACAAAACAGAUGGGAAGCUUUUUAUCCAUCCUUUUAAAUAUUGAUAAGCCUAUUUAUAUUCAUAUUCUGACCCUACUUGUCCACUGGUGUGAAAGUAAUCCACUCAAUAUCACCCGAUACGAGAAGUCUGUUACUGGGCGUGCAUCGGUAAAAUGUACAUUAAUGUGGUUAUCUUCAGUCAGUACUUCUCAUGCACUUUAAAAGUUCAGUUUCAGUCAGAAGUCUUUAUUUUCAUUUAUUUAUUUUAAAUUUUCUCCCCUUUUUCUCCCAAUUUGAAUGCCCAAUUCCAAAUGCACUCUUAAGUCCUCGUGGUGGCGUAGUGACUCGCCUCAAUCAGGGUGGUGGAGGACGAAUCUCAGCUGACUCCACGUCUGAGACCUUCAACCUGCGCAUCUUAUCACGUGGCUUGUUGAGCACAUUUCCACCGCAGCAUCCACGCACAAGUCACUAUGUGCCCCACCGAGAGCGAACCACAUUAUAGAGAUCAUGUGGAGGUUACCCUGUGUGACUCUACCCUCCCUAGCAACCAGGACAAUUUGGUGGCUUAGGAGACCCGGAGUCACUCAGACCUCCCUGGGAUUCAAACUAGCGAACUUCAGGGGUGGUAGCCAGUGUCUUUACCAUUUAGUUGGACUGUAAUGUGCCAGUCUGAUUUUCGUGAAGUCGGACUAACAGUAGUGUACCGAGUUAGAGGGAUAACAAAAAAGUGUCACUUUUCAACUACGUCACUUUUACAGCUGACAUCUUUCCUUCAAAUAUUCGAUGACACAUUGCAUGAUGUAAAUUUGGACAGACAGAUGAGGACUGAUGCAAAACCCCGCUGUAGCAACAUUUUAACUGUGCAUGUAAACGUACUGAGUGUAGUGUAUUGCUGCGUUCUGUUAUCAAAAAUCGAAAUUUCCAACUUUUACUUACAUCUUCAAAUUUCCUCUUGUAUAUAUGCAAUGGAAUGGCAAUUGAAGCCAAAAUGCCAAUUUGGAUAUUUUUGCGGAAAUCAUCAAAUCAUCAUUCCCGCAGAUGCAGGUGCAUGACAUCACUCAACAAUGUUGGCACCAAGGAAGGUGUACAACAGAGGAUGGAUUUUGCCGAUACUGAUAACUACAUUGGUGGGAAAGGGUGAUAACCGAUUAAUCGGCCGGUAGUUUUUAUAGAAUGUCAAAAACAUUUCUUAUACUUCCCUUUCUAUAACGGGCACAGGCAAAGAGUCCUAAAUAAAUAAAAUCCCAGAUGCAGUUUAUUGUGCAACCUAAAUCCCCAAAAUAACCAGAUUUGGUGCACAACAUGAAACUAUUAAUUAUAAACAAGCCCGAAACACACAGGAGACUCUUAUUUUGAAAUGAUACAAUGAUGAAAAAACUAUCUGCAACAAUUGCCAUGGAUUUUUGCCGAUAACAGUAGUUCUAAAAAGCAACUAUCGGCACCGAUUAAUUGGUAAAACCCAUAUAUCGGUCUACAUCUAGUGUACAAAGUAAUGAUAAUCACUUUUAAGCACAUAAAAACAUAAAUUAGUGAAAGUUCCUACAUUACAUGAUAUUAAAAUUAGUUUAGCAAGUGCGGAGACAGGUGUGCUGAAUACAGUAAAUUGUCAUCUCUUUUGAUAAUCGUACACAUGUAGAACAAAUGCUAACAUUGCAAAGCAUAGUUUAACCUUCACUAUGGUUGCUAGGAUACGUUUCCGUUGAUAGUCUAACCUGCUACUCUAGUGGGAGCUUUAGAGUUUUGUUUCCCUAUAGGCUACAUCAUCUUCUGAACAAUGGGAAAUGGAAUUCUUUUACAUUCAGAGAUUGGAGAUAUAACAAUUUAUGUUACAAUGAUCGUGUUUCCAUCCAAGGCGAAACACUGUAAUAUCAGAUUACAAAUUCAUCACUUCUGGGGAAGAUGGAGAAGAUGCCGCCCAAUUUAGCAGGGUGGGGGGUGGAGGGAUCCUUGCCGCCAACGCUUGCCAUCCCCGGCAAGUUGCCACCCCGGCGGCUGCCCAUGUCGCCCAUGCCAAAAUUCGCCACUGUCUGUCGCUUCUAUUACCUUAACCCUGGACACACUCAUGCUCUAGGUAUGUCAGGAGAAUGACUGUAUGUGAUUGAGAUUUUUACCACGAUGGGAUGGUACAAAAUUUAGCUUUAUUUAUUUGCCGUUUUUUAUUGAAUUAGAAAAUAUGCAAUGUGUUUAGUGGCUUGUUUUACAGUCAUUAGAUUGGACUUGCUGUUAAAAAUGUGUUACUGAGUGAAGAUAGUGGUUGGAUUGGUUGGAUAAUUCAAACAUACAUUAUACAUUUAGAAAUCUCAAGCCUGUCGAGUGCAAAAAAUUACCAUUAGUGAUCAAAAGCUGGUGGUAAGAGGUCGAACCAAAUACCAAUGCUCGCUACUUGGCCAAAGGUAUAUGGGCGACCUCUUCUCAUGUUUGGCUAUUCUAGCUACACACAUUUCUAACAGGUACAUACUUGUAAGUUACAGCCAUGUAAAAUGUAGAAUGGGAGUACAAGAUUGUAACACCCAACAUCAAUGUUUCAAUGGGAGCAAGUUUAAGCGUUUAAGAGAAGAGUUUAAGCUUUUAUUGCAGCAAGAAACUUUGAAAUUAAAUGUUCAACAAGCACACACUGGUCAUGUUCGGGUGUCUACAUACUUUUGAGCACUAUUGAUUUAUUGCCCCUGAAUGAAAACCAACUGUUGAAAGUACUGUUACUGAUUAAACUUCUGCACAAAGUACUGUGAAUGUGUAUUAUAAUGUUCCAGGUACAAUACAAGUUAAGUUCAAUGUUGCAUAAUGUUGAUUGCCACAAGAAUUAAUUUCAACUCACACUUGUUUAUUUCUACAGUAAGGCACUUACAAAGUAAGUGAAUGGGGCCAGUCCAUAAAAGUUCAAAUAGACCCUGUUUCAAAAGUAUAGCUACAAAACAUUUUACGGAUUAUGUGGGAUAGAAUAUACUGGUGUUACAACAUUUACCAGAUUACAUGGUUUACCUGUGUUGUGUUGUCAGGACAAUGAAGUUGUAAUAUUAAAUGACAGAUUGAUCACUCUGAAUUCGGCAACAGGAGGUUGAAAGUUCUGCUGCUAAAAUCGGUAUGUGCUUACUGAAAUACAAAGCACUACCCCCAGUGGCUGAAGUGGGAACUGUUUAUUUUUAUGUAUGAGCAUGUGUGAGCUCCAGUUUCCAGGUGAAAUGUCCACAGAGUGGCCGCAAAAGUUAUUUGUUUUUAGUUAUUGUUUUUAUUUUUAUUUUUUUCAGCUUACUCCAAACCCCAAUCCUUAACCUGACUGUUAGUGGAGUAAAAAUUGUACCUUAGACAAUUGGAACCUCCGAAUCCUGCUCGUCAUUGAAUAUGUGAAUGUGUUUACUUCCUGAUUUUCUUAAGACCAGAACCCAUAUCUCUGAGGGUACUCAUGCAACAUGCUAUCAGUAACACCACAGGAGAAGGUAAAUACAUUUGAAUGAAUGCAGAAAGGUGUGAUGGGAGAUGGUGCUUGUCAGUAUCUUGGAAACUUGGCGCUUGUGUCAGGGUACUGGAAUAUUCUGCAGCAACAUGUCAACUUCCUGUGUGAAUAUGUUGAUUUUACACAGAUAAGGUUUGUAAGAAUAUAAUGUUUACAUUUUGUGGCUAUACUUUUGUGCAAAGAAAUUACACUUUUGUUUAUUUGACUGUCCCAAUAACUUCCAUAGUAAGUGCCUUACCGUAACGUGAUAUACUUUUUUUAUCCCAUUUUCUCCCCAAUUUUGAAUGCCCAAUUCCCACUACUUAGUAGGUUCUCGUGGUGGCGCGUUUACUCGUCAAUCUGCGCAUCUUAUAACAUGGCUCAUUGUGCAUGACACCGUGGAGACUCACAGCAUGUGGAGGCUCAUGCUAUUCUCCGCAAUCCAUGCACAAGUUACAAGGAGGUUACCCCAUGUGAUUCUACCCUCCCUAGCAACCGGGCCAAUUUGGUUGCUUAGGAGACCUGCUUGCUCUCAGCACGCCCUGGAUUCAAACUCGCGACUCCAGGGGUGGUAGUCAGCGUCUUUACUUGUUGAGCUACCCAGGCCCCCAAUUUACUUACUUUUUAUUUAUUUUCACACGAGUCUAAAUGUUUUUGUGGUAUUUAACAUUAUUCCACAAAUCCUUCUUCCAGAAAUAAAUUGAUGCUGGUUUCCCAGAUUACAUUUUCCAAUGUCUUUUUUAAAACAAUGCCAGAGUAACAGUUCCAGGAACCAUUUAACUUGGAAGCAGAUUAUAAGGAAGUGCUGUCUUUUGCUGACCUUUUUUAUCAUGUAGGCUAAUUGGUGUUCUGUUGAAAUAAGCUGACAUCAACUAGUUUGAAAUGCGUUUUGUUGUUUAUUUAAUGUUCAUAGAUUUGUAGUUCUAGUAUCAUUUAUAGUUAUCAUAUUUGAAUGAUGCAUAAAAAAGGUGAGUUGGACAGUGGCAAAAUAAAAAGAUGAGUGUUAAUAUUAUGAAGUUUGUUGGCUGACCUUAAGGAAAGUCAAAGUCAAGCUGAAUUUGAGAAUUGGAUGCAGGCAGGUGGAAACGGACUCCUGGUUUUGUAGUGCUCUACCAGGUUUAUUGCAUUUACACAGAUGCAUCCAGCAACCUGCAGGUGUAGCUCCUAUCAGAUAUCUGAAUGCAGAAAUGUUUUCAUGACAGAUGUGAGAUCCUCUAGUUCAUCUGUCGCAUUAAUGACUUCCAAAAUCAUUUAUUUUAACAAGCUGAUUCGUGUAUUAUUUGUUUGUUGUUGAAUCUGUUAUUAAAGU